CAGCAGGUAAAUUGGCGGAGAGCCCGGAGAGCGGAGAGGCGCGCGGGAUCGGUAUCGCGGUUCGUUGUGUUUGCAGGUUGCACUGGUUGCAGUUCGUCGGUAGUCGGUCCGGUCGUGGUCGGUCGGUCGAGCGCGUUCGUGUGGGGUGUCCGAGUGCGAAAGCCGGAUAGAUGCGCGACGAGGAUGGGAUUGCCGUGCGACGACAAUGAAUCGCGCUGCGAGUCGCGACCGCGGCCGACCGCCUAGCUCGGGAGCGUCCGUCGCGUUCGUGGCGUUCGUGGAGCCGGAAGCAGGUUCAGCCGGUGCGAACAACACGGCACCGAGGCGGCAUUGGCGGCAACGCCUCGUUCUCUGACGAUCGCGGGACGAACGUCGGUCGUGUCGGUCCUCCCCGAAGUGAAAGAGAGAGAGAGAGAGAGAGAGAAAGCAAGCGAGCGAGCUCCUCCUCUGGCGGAGAACGCGAGACGAAACGCGAAGAGUUCCCCGUCGCACGAGCUGCUUUUUUUGGCGAGCGUCGCCGACAUGAGCCAGACGAGUCGCGGGCGAGCGAAUCGCAUCACCAGUCGUACGAACAGCUCCGUCAGCUGAUCGUUUAUCGCACAACGAAAUGUAAGGUAGCGAAUGUUACCUACCUACCUACCUACCUACCUACCUACCUACCUACCUAUCUACCUAUCUAUCUAUCUACCUGUCUACCUACCUACUUACCUACCCAUCUACCUACUUAAAGUCAAGCUAGAACCAGUCGUAUUGCUUUCACGCAUCGCGACUCCGAUUCACGCGAUUCGCUGCGUUUUCCCCCGCGUUUUUCCCCGCGAAUUGGGACUAAACGCGACCGCGCGCACCAAGGCGUGCGGGAGGCGGGAAGCAUAGGGGCAACUGACACACCGGUUAGAGUUUACAUGGGAACAUGGGGAACAAGAAUAGCUGUUGCGUCUACUCCAGUCCGCAAGUCGGGCGCAAGGAAGUGGGGCCCGAGUGCGCCACGCGCAACCUGGAGGAGCACCUGCCGGAGGGUGGGAUUAGCGUUAAUAAUUUGCAACAUAUCAGUGAACGCGAGCCAGAGGACUGGGACUCCGAUCCGUCGUUGCACCCAUGCGCGGGGACUAUCUUUAUGGAGCGUUCCAAGCAGGCUAUCGAGAAUGGCAUGGUGAGAAAGAAGAGUCAACAUCAAAUUGCAGACAUAAGGCCUUUGAAGAAAAGCAGCAGCUGCAGUACAAUAUAUUUAGACGACAGCACAGUUUCACAACCUAACUUGAAAAAUACCGUCAAAUGUGUUGCUUUAGCCGUUUAUUACCAUAUUAAAAAUAGAACCUCGCAGAGACAGAUUGAUAUAUUUGAUGAGAAACUGCAUCCAUUAACGAGGGACGGUGUUUCAGAGGAUUACGACAAACAUAAUCCAGAGCACAAGCAAAUAUAUAAAUUUAUAAGAACUCUGUUUAACGCAGCUCAGCUAACCGCUGAAUGUGCCAUCAUAACAUUGGUUUAUCUCGAACGCCUACUUACUUAUGCGGAAAUAGACAUAACACCGGCCAAUUGGAAACGAAUAGUGCUGGGAGCUAUUUUAUUGGCAUCUAAAGUUUGGGAUGAUCAGGCAGUGUGGAAUGUGGAUUACUGUCAAAUACUGAAAGACAUCACGGUGGAAGACAUGAACGAACUAGAGAGACAAUUUCUAGAGAUGCUGCAAUUCAACAUCAAUGUUCCUUCGAGUGUAUAUGCCAAAUAUUACUUUGAUCUUCGUACACUCGCGGAAGCAAACGAAUUGACAUUCCCUAGUGAACCUCUUAGUAAGGAAAAGGCGCAAAAGUUAGAAGCUAUGUCCAGAGUUUACGAGGAUAAGGUCACGGCUGAAGCUCUACGUACUGGUAUUAAAAAGUGGUCCAGCUUAGACAACAUAUGCAUAGGCGGACCUAGGCGUAGCAUCGCUAUUUUAUCUUAAACAUAUAUAUGGACGUAAACCGAUGUAAACACACAGACGCAUGGUCACUGCUCAGAUUUGGCAUGGAGGUAUGUGAAACUUUGUAAAGACACAUCAUUGUUACCGAUCAAUUUUAAUAAUUUUGAAAGAGAUUGUUUGGAAUCGUACCAAACAUUUGUGUUAUAUCUCUGUUCAAUUAUUGUGGAAUAUCUAAUGUAUUAUAAUUAUUAUAUACAUCUCUUGGCAAACUGUUUUUAUAUAUUGUCCAAACUAGAUGUAAAAAUAUUUAGCAUAUACCGUAUGUACAGCUAAGUUGUACCAUAAUGGAAGAAUUCUUCCAUCGCAAGUAUGGUUUGCAAUAACAAACUUUUAAAUCUAACUGUUGAUAUGUACUUUAAAAUUUAGACGUUUCUCAAUUCAUUAUAAUUUCCAAUGCGUUAUUCUUGUUAUUUGUACAUUAAAGAAUCGUGAAGCACUUCGAUAGAGAAAAAAAUUUCAAAUUAGUUUUUUUUCGUAAUUUAAUUCCUAACUACUUUGAUUAAUCUUUUGUGUUAAUGUCACUAUUUACGGAAAACCAUAAAUAUUUAUUUUUAAAUAAAUAUAUAUGUAUAUUUCUGUUGAUUCUGCAAAGAUUUUACUGUCCGGGACCUUAUAAUGUGGAUGUAACAAAGCAUAUGAGAAUGUGAGGCGUAUUGACGAAACAAAGAGUGAGAAAGGAAAAGUUUUUAGUCGUAGCAUUAUCUGUACUGUCCUUAUGGGAGAAAAUAACUUGUGAUAUACAUUAGUCAACUAUUCAUUAUCCAAAGCAUUUUAUAUAUUGACUGAAUUUAAUAAGAAUCAAACUUACGGCUGAUUUACUAAUAACAUUCUAAAAAUGUAUACAGUAUGCUUCAAAUUAAAGGUCAUAUUUGUUAAAUAACGCUACGUAAUUUAUCAAGAAAUAAUCCAAUUAGAAUUUGCAAGCCAAAGCUGUGUAAUGCAUGUCACCUUAAUGUGUUGAAUCAAGUGUUAUUUUCAAGUAUAUUAACAUAUUUCCUUGAUUUUUUGCCUACCCUCUCACUGUCAUGUACAUCGAAAAGUUAUUAUAUGAGACGAAUUAUUAUAUGAGAAAUGAUCACAAAUUUAGAAAAUGAAUCGAUACUUUUUUAAUAUUUCUAUGUAUACUUUCUUUUGAUACAUUUCUGUAUGAACACAUAUCGUUAUUUGUUUUUCAUUACUUUGAUUUUGAAUUUUUAUUAUUAAACGGCCCCUAGACGAUCAAUGUUAAGUAUAUAAUAUUCAAAUAUUGUGCAAUAAUAUUGAACGUUUAGAGACCGUUUUAUUAUUGCCUUUAAUCUCAAUUUCUUUUAAUCACAAAUACAGUAUAACAAAUCAGAAAAAGAAAUCUUUGACACUUAAUGUAUCGAUUUAUCAGAUUUGAUAGAUGAUUUAUGUAUUUCAAAUAAUAGUACAUAGCGAGAACACCAUUUACAAUAAGUAUAUUAUAAUAGCGUAAAUAUAUUAGCAAAUCAGCCUUUAUAGCUUAUUAAGAAUGAAGGGCACGAUAAAUUAGUCUGACUAAUUGCUUUUAUAUGACGCUACUUCCAUGGAUUUAUAACUUUAGAUAAUGCGCGAGAUAAGGAUAAGCCAUGAUAUCAGGGUUGUAUCUCUCUUUUCUUCUCUUACGAGAUUAUUGAGUCUUACAAGGUUAUUCUCAUUAUUGACGGCAUUUUGUUUAUAAUCGAUCCAUUCGAUCAGGAUUACUGGAAAGAAAAUUAAUUCGACAUCAAAUCCACGUUUACGUUUAUUCUUUUCAUAAUGCAUUAUGCAAUAGUUUUAGAUACUUUACAAAGAAUUGUCGAAUAAACGUUCAUCAAUCUUUAGUGUAAUAAAAAAUUACGAAGAUCACGCAUUUUUAUAGUCAUAACAUUGCUAUAAAAUAAACUCAACAUGUAGCUUUGUAAAAUAUUUAUUUCGUAAAGCACGCAAUUAAAUCUUCCGAAGAUCAUUGAAGCGCAUAUUCACUGAAAAAAAAGAGGAAGAACUUAGAGGUUGUAUCAUAUUCACAUUUUACAAUAUGACAAGGUCAAAUUGAAAUACCAUUAAUAUAAUCAUGUAUCAUAUGUGCUACUAAUUGACUUAUGUACGAUAUAAUUUAAUAUUUUGUACCUACCGGUUACAACUUUAAACAUAAGAUAGUCUUAUUGUAUGACUGGUUACGUCUGUAAGAAUUAAAGUGUAAUCUGAAAUGUUCCGUUGGAAUUUUCAGAUCGCCGUUACAGAGGAAAAGUAAUUACGAUUUAUUAUUAUUUUUAUAUUUUAUUACUCGAAAGUCAGAAUUAUCGUAACGGUCGAUUAGAGCGAUUGUAGAGUCCAAGAGUGAAGAGAAACGAAGCGACGUACGUUAUCAGCUUUUAACGCUUUGUAUAAUAUAUACCGGAUGAUGAGAGCGUAAAUGUAACAUAUUUACAAUUUCUGUCCAUAUUACAAGUUUUUAUUUCGCCUGUCCGAUAAAUAAAAAUAUAUUUUUACUGCAUUACUGUAAAUUAUAAGUAACUACACGCAUACAUACGCGUGCAAUGUAUGCUGCGGAAGUAUUUGUAAAACUUUACAGAACAAUUAAUACACCGUGCGAUGCCAAAAUGUUGUUAAAAUUAUAUUGUACAGAUUAUUGCACAUACACACACGUACAUAAAGAGAGUGUACUGCACUGCGAUUUCCGUUUUUAUCUCGUUCUGAUUUUUCCCGAUAAAAACUAAAUCUUUAUAGAAUUUUCAUGCGCAUGACUAUUUUUAUAAAUAGAUAUUCAUUAUAAAGACAAUCUUCGAGUCUUAUUGCGUCCUGUAAAUAAAUUAUCGAAUUCGUGUAAG